UAUUGGAAACGUUUCUAUAGACGUUUUUCUGACCUGUUAGCCUUUUUUCCCGUUUUAGGGGACGAAAAUAGGAGAAAACCUAGAAUUGAAACAGGCCCAAGAUACCACAUUUUCCUUUCUUCGUUGAGGAAUGAAAACCGUGAAAAAUGCCUGCUUGUUCUGCUCCAAAUUGCACAAAUAGGCCGGAGAGACCCAAUGGAAAAACAUUUCACCUCUUCCCCAAGGAUGGUUCGCUGAGACAGCAGUGGGUCAGGGAGGUCAACCGUGAGUACUGGACACCUUCCAAGAGGUCACUCAUCUGCUCCGACCAUUUUACCGAGUCGUGCUUUGAUAAGACGGGCCAGACCACCAGACUAAAAGACAAUGCUGUGCCGACACUUUUCGAUAUACCUGCACCCACGAGGAAGAAGGCCAGGCCAAGAGAAGAACCCCCAGAGAGUGAGACAGUGGUUCCUGCACAGAGGGGUCGACCAAGGAAAAAACAGAAACAGGAAACUAGCAGCAAGUUAAGUCGUGAGGAACUUGAGGCAAAAUUGCAGCUGCUAGAAGAACACAACAAGAAACUGACAAAGCUGCUUUCACGGAGUCCACGACCCUCAACAGUGACUGAGACUAAGAAGACAGAGAGCAAGAAUAAAAGCAUCUUUGUCUUCAGGUAUCCAAGGAGGCAGAUCCUGUUGAAAGUGGCAUAUCUUGGGUGGGACUAUCAGAGCUGUGCAUCGCAGGAAGAAAUCCAACAAAGUAUUGAAGAUAAAUUACUGCAAGCACUUCUGAAAACAAAUUUAACAGAAUCUAUUAUUAGUUCAAAAUUUGAAAGGUGCAGCAGCAACAGUGAAGGCUUCAGCCCCUUUGACCAAGUAAUCACUAUCAUAGUCCGAAGUAAUCUCAAGUCUGGCCUGGGAGUCAUUCCUCCAGACAAAAAAGCAGGGUCAGCAGUGGAAGAGAACCCAACAUUGCCGCUGUGUGCAGAAGAGAAUGGCGAGCAGGAGAUUGAUUACACAAGAGUGGUGAAUGAAGCUUUACCCAUGGAGAUUCGGCUGCUGGCUUGGUGUCCAGUUCAGGCUGGAUAUUCACCCAAAUUGACGAGCCCCAUAAAAACCUUCAAGUAUUUCUUUCCAAGAGGAAGCUUAAAUAUUGAGCUCAUGAAUGAAGCCGCGCAACACCUCAUCGGGCGAAACGACUUUAGAAAUUUUUACAGCAAGGAGACAGUCAAAGAUCUUGGUAGUGUCAACAGGAACAUAAUCUCGUCCAGUGUAUUGCCAACUUGCUGUGACCUCAAGGCUAUCAGUGAAUCCUUAGAUUGCCAGUGUGCUAGCAAGACUAAGGAAAAGGAUAGUGAGCCCAAGGAGAACAUCAUACAUAAGCCAUCCCGAGGAGAUCAAAGGAGAGGGAAGCCCCUUGAAAAUGCUCCUGAACUGCCACUCAGGAGAGAAGACGAUAAGGGUGUAGGGGGUGAGAGUAAUAGAGAGGAAGGAUACGACAUGUGUGUGGCUACCCUCAAAGGAGAGGACUUUCUGUGCGAGGAAGUGAGGAAGAUCAUGGCACUGCUCUUCAGCGUGGGAGUGGGGAAGGCAGAACCUGAUUCCGUUGUGGCAAUGUUGGAUGCUAGCAAACAGCCAAGAAAGAAACAGCACUUGAUAGCAAGUGAAGUACCACUGGUCCUCUUCAAAACAGUUUACGAAGAAGAGGGCUGGCACUGGGAUAGCAAAGCUCUGUGGCAGGUGAUUUCACAACUUCAGGCUUUCUGGAUGCAGCAGGCUGUUCGAGCCAGUGCUAUGAGACACAUCCUUAAGGACCUGGAGAACCAGUACUCCAUCAUCUCCAGAAAAGACAUAAUCGAUCCUCUGCCUCAGGAUCAGUGCGAAAAUUUAGUUGGCAAAGACUCCUCCUCAGUGUUUCAGAUUGUUGCCAAAUCCACUCAGAAUGAUCAUGAGUACUCCACAUCCAAGCCCAGUGCAGCUGGGAAUGACAACAAAAAUCAAGAUGAGGCAGACUUCAACCACACGGCCACCCUUCUGCUGAUCGAAUUCAUCCGCCAGAGAUUCC